UUGCAGUAGGCUUACGGCAGGCACGUACCAAUGGCUUGAGGCACCAGUAAGGGUGCGAGGCAAUCAGGAGCUGAAUCAGCUAUUGAAGGGGUCGGAUGGUGCACUGGUCUGGACACGGAAGGAACUCGCGAAGAGCAGGGAGCAUGUAGUUCACCUGGACGCGGAGCUGCAUAAGGGACGGGAGCUCAUAAACCAGCAACAGAAGCGCCUAGAUGUCUUGGACAUCCAACACGCUGGUGUGGAGAAAGAUCAGACCAUAGGUGAUUUGAGGCUUAAGGUACAGAAUCUCCUGCAGCUUAUUAACCUGCACCAAGAGCAAGAGCAAAAUUCUCUGAGGCUGCGGAAGAGGAACAAUGAGCUGGAAACGAUGAUCAGUGAGCUGCAGGAGAAGUUGAAGCUCACAGAAAUCCAGCUGGACGCCAAUGACCAAAGGGAGGAGCAGUUGCACUCGGAUCUGGAAAUCGUGAAGAUGGAGCUGUUCCGAUCCGAGCAGCUAGUGGUCAAGUUGCGGGAGCACUCGAAUCGCGACCGCAAGACGAUAUCCGCGCGCGCCGACGAAAUCAACGAGCUGAAUCAGACAAUAAAUCAACUGUACUUAGAAACUGGCGAGAAGGACACGCAGAUAAAUCAGGUGACGAACCAGCUCUGCUUGAAGGAGGAGCAUCUAGGCCGCGUUUUUGAAAAACUAAAUCGCCAGGAGAAGAAGCUCAGGCGCCUGGAGGAGCUUACAAACGUGAGCUCAAGUGACAAUGCUCGCCUCUUGCAGUUGCGGGAUAGGCAGCACGAGAAGAACAUCCAAAUGGACUGGGAGAUUUCUCAACUAAGAGACACCAUAUUCCGAUUUCAGUAAGGAACUGAGAGAUUAUAUUUUCAACAAUACACAGCCAGCGGCUGAAGUUCUUGGGUUCCAAGUUGGCGGCUACUCCAUGCAUCCAGAAUAUCUGAAUUUACAGCCGCAGGCGGAGACGCAGGGAAUUUUGGAAUCCACUGUUACAUACCUCGAGCCGCUGAACGGUCAGCGCCACCAUUUUUCCACCAUCGGCUACCAGGACCACUAAGCACUGAGAUCACCAUUAGCAUCACCAGCGUUAUCCGCCACCGGAAACAGACCAGACAAUACGAAAAACGCUCUGAACACUCAUCGGCAAAAUUUAUUGUGAAUUUUUUAGUCAAUACUGUAGAAUAAAUUCGCGUUGUACUUAUA